ACACUACUGACGUCAGGGCAAGAAUUUAUGAAAAGUAGUAAUUACGAAACGUCACCCCUUUCGUAGUCUAGUGGGAAGUGAUACAACAAGAACCUGAAGUCUGGAAGAGGAGGAGGAAUGGUGAUAAUGACAAUAAGACUUAUGAAGAAGAGAGAGAAGAGUAAGAAGACUGGGUAAUUAUUUCCUCCUUGGUUGCGUCAGAUGCAGGCAGCAUAGAGACAGCGACUCGUCCAGGGGAAAGGUGUCCUUUGUAAAGAUUUGACUUCAGAAAAGAUUACUGAAAAGUAGCACUCAAAAGUAAUCAAUUAGUUUAGCUGCAAUAUAUUGAAAUGAAUAAUUCACUGGUUGUAAGAAAGCAGUACAUGAGGAUACUCUCAGAAGUGACAAGAUACUGUUCGCAAUAUGCCUUUGUUCCAAAACACAGCCCAUGUGAAAACAGGGCUGUGGAUCAAAUGCAAGAGUUCCUUGACAGUCACAGAAAGAUAUUUGUGCUAACAGGAGCAGGUAUAUCGACAGAGAGUGGUAUUCCAGAUUAUCGCUCUGAAGGUGUGGGUCUUUAUGCUACAAGUAGUAAACGUCCAGUGCAGUUUAAGACUUUCAUGGAUUCAGCAAAGGCUAGACAAAGCUAUUGGGCAAGAAAUUACAUAGGAUGGCCAAGGUUCUCCACUUUCCAGCCAAAUAUUACUCAUCUGACUCUUGCUGAAUGGGAGAAAAAAGGGAAAAUUCAGUGUGUUGUAACCCAGAAUGUUGAUCGCUUGCACCACAAAGCUGGGAGUACAAACGUUCAUGAAUUACAUGGGACAGCCUUUAAGGUCAUAUGUAUGUCCUGCUCAAAGAUGGUGGACCGACAUAGCUUCCAAACCAGGCUACGGAUCUUAAACCCCCAUAUGUCCUCCCACUCAUCUGAAAUUCGGCCAGAUGGUGAUGUAGAGCUUUCGGAGGAGGAAGUUAAUAAGUUUCAAGUACCACCAUGCAAACACUGUGGUGGCAUCAUGAAACCAUAUAUUGUCUUUUUUGGAGAUAAUGUUCCCAAGGAUCGUGUUGAGAGAGUGAAGCAAGAACUCAGGGAAAGUGAUGGCCUGCUAGUAUUGGGCUCCUCAUUAUAUGUUUAUUCAGGGUAUAGGUUUAUUCUUCACGCUGUAGAUAUGGGGAUACCACUGUGUGCUGUGAAUAUUGGUACUACCCGUGCUGACAAACACUUGGAUUUUAGAAUAAGUGCGCGUUGUGGAGAGGUGCUUCCACAGAUUGUUGUUCACUAGCAAGAAUUUUAGAUUUUGACAGUUUUAAAUAAUAUUUUGUUAUAUAUAUUUUAAUGUGUUAGAAUUUAUUUGUAUAUUAAAUGUUGAAAUUUAUUUGUACAGAUACUCUCUCAGACAAAAGGCUAUGAGUGUACAUUCUUUAUUGCUGUAUCAAUGCAGUGUAUGACUAUUUUUUUUAAAGAUUUUGUAAGUAUUGUCAUAGACAGACUUACACAGAGAGAAAUUGAAUUUCUGUCUUGUGUAUAUGUGUAUUAGAAAUGUAAAUAUGAAUAUUUAUAUAUUUAUUUAUUUAUGAAAUAAUUAUUUGCAUCUUGAGACAAAGCACUACAGAGACUAUCCAUUGGCUUCACUAUAGUCAUAUGUUGCCUGCAUCUAUGGCUACAUACCAGUGCUGUAUGAAAGGCAUUUGAUUCCCUAAGCAAAGCCUGUUAUUGGUGCUCCAUAUUCCCUUCCAAGGUUGCCAUAAUUACUUUUUCAUUAGUACCCCCUCUGAAUCAUUUUGAUAGUGUCCCUUCAGCGUAUCUCAGAUAUCAGAUGACAUUGUAGGCAGCAUAGACCCCAAAGGUGGUUGAUUAGGUGUGACAGCAUAAGGCAAGAACACCACAGAUUUGAUUCUUAUAUUGCUGACACAAAUACCAGUACAUGAUACACAUACACAAGCACACUUUCAUAUGUACAUACACGUGCAAAACACCCAUCAACUCAUGCACAAAAAAAUGUACAUCUCUAUUUGUAGGUGUAUUAUUUAAUGUGGACGAUAGUUUUUAUCAUGUUCAGAAUUUGUUAUGAGUGUUUAAUAUCAAUGAUAUUAAACUAUAAUUAUGUUUUUAUUAGUCCAAGUAAAGAAAAAAAUAGAUUAACAAUGAGUAACAGAUCUAGAUUUUACAUAAAACUAUG